GCGGCCACUGCCGGAGCUGCGUCCGCCCCGCUCGACCAUGCAGUCCCGGGGGCCGGCCGCCAACGCCGCCGCCUCGCCGCUGACCCGGGGAACUUUGGGCGCGUCCGCGGCUCUGCUCCUCUGAAGCGCCCGCUCCCUUCCCUCCUGCCGGGCAUGGCGCUGCCUGCAACUGCUUCAUGAUGAUGGUGGUGGUGAUGAUGUUUGGAGUGGUUGUUAUGAUUACUGCUCUGCAUCAACGCCGGGCAUGUGAAAUCCCAAGCAUCAUGCCAGCAACGCGCCUGUUUCUGCUCCGUCCCUUCAACCUCCUCCUGCUGCUGCUGGGGCCGCAUCUCUUUGUGGGAUCUUUCUCCCUGGGCUCUGCCUCCUCUCCUUCGCCCGCCGAGCGUCCCUCCGUCGCUACGGCGGGGUCUCGGGCAGCGGCGACCAUUCAGGGGGCGUCCGAUUUUCUUGCGGCUUCCUCCUCGCUACUUCCGAGGGAGAAAGGAAGCCCGCAGCCUUUCGCCGCAUCUGUCAGCGUUUGGGAUCGGACGGCAGAUCGAGACGGCGGCAGCGACAGCCCGGACGUUUUGACUAGACAAAAGAAUGUAGAAAGUCCAAACACUGAAGCAAAGAUUUCCACUUCUUAUAUACGGAAUCUAGAUGCAACCAGUACAUCUGGAAAUAAUAAAGUAAGGACGAUGUGGACCAACUUAGCUUCAGCAUCUGUAGCUGCAACAGGAAGUACCACAUCUUACACCAAAAUAAUCAGAUCUGUGACACCACAGUUAUCUCAAAUAAUACAAACCAAACGAGCAAGUGCCUCACAAAAUAUGGCAGAUAUUGCCGAAUCUGAAUCAGUGACUUUGAGGAAGUAUUUUUCCAAGACUGCAAAUUUUCCAUUUUUGGAGGGAAAAAAAUCAGCUAUUGGGAGCAACUACCAUACAGCUAAUACCUGGGAUGAAGACAGCACAAUGUCCAGUUUCCAUAUUCCAGACAUGGACAGUUCAGCAACACUCAGUCAGAGUUCAGAAAGGACUUCCCGCUUUCUUAGAGAGAACUUCACUGGAAAAGAGCCAGCUACUCAAAAACAACUUGCUACAUCUUCUGGUCAGAUCCAAUGGUCAUCUCAUGUAACAUUUCCAAUACUCCAAAGUAGGACAUCAAAUGCCAAACAGCCUGAUUCUUUAACAAGGAUUAUGCUUACUCGGUCUUAUACUUCUCCACAAACAAAUACUCAUCAGUUAAGCAGAAACUCCAACACAGAAAAAAUAAUUUCUAAUUCUGAUAUGGAGUAUAUGACAAUUCUGAACAUAUCCAACAGAAGUGAGGAGAAGAUAUUUCAAACUAUAAGAGACUUCAGCUCUCAACCUUCACAUUCUACAUCUGCAAACUCUAACCUUGAAAUGUCCACCAAUGGGGGGAAGAUACUCCGAACUCUCGGAGACAGCAGCAGUUCUCAAGGUCCACAUUCCACAUCUGCUGUCUCAAAACUUGAAAUAUCCACCAGUGGGGAGAAGAUACUACAAACUGUCAGAAUGAGUGGCAAUUCUCAAGGUCCACAUUCUAUAUCUGCUGUCUCAAACCUUGAAAUUUCCACCAAUGGGGGGAAGAUACUCCGAACACUCAGAGACAUCAGCCGUUCUCAAGGUCCACAUUCCACACCUGCUAUCUCAAACCUUGAAAUGUCCACCAAUGGGGAGAAGAUACUCCGAACUCUCAGAGACAUCAGCCGUUCUCAAGGUCCACAUUCCACAUCUGCUAUCUCAAACCUUGAAAUGUCCACCAAUGGGGAGAAGAUACUACAAACUCUCAGAGACAUCAGCCGUUCUCAAGGUCCACAGUCCACAUCUGCUGUCUCAAACCUUGAAAUAUCCACCAGUGGGGAGAAGAUACUACAAACUGUCAGAAUGAGCGGCAAUUCUCAAGGUCCACAUUCUAUAUCUGCUGUCUCAAACCUUGAAAUUUCCACCAAUGGGGGGAAGAUAGUACGAACACUCAGAGACAUCAGCCGUUCUCAAGGUCCACAUUCCACAUCUGCUGUCCCAAAUUUUGAAAUGUCCACCAAUGGGGAGAAGUUACUCCGAACUCUCGGAGACAUCAGCCGUUCUCAAGGUCCACAUUCCACAUCUGCUGUCCCAAAUUUUGAAAUGUCCACCAAUGGGGAGAAGAUACUACGAACUCUCAGAGACAUCAGCCGUUCUCAAGGUCCACAGUCCACAUCUGCUGUCUCAAACCUUGAAAUAUCCACCAGUGGGGAGAAGAUACUACAAACUGUCAGAAUGAGCGGCAAUUCUCAAGGUCCAUAUUCUACAUCUUCAGUCUCUAAUUCUGAAAUGUACACCAAUGGGGAGAAGGUGCUACGAACUGUCAGAGAGAGCAGUUCUCAAAAUCCACGUUCUGUAUCCACAAUCUCUAGCCUUGAAAUGCCUGGCACUUCAGACCCCAGUGCUUCUUCUUAUAUGAUAGUGCCUGCAGAUUCCCAACAAAUGGAUCUGUCAACCCAAAACACUGAUGAAACUAAAGCAACAGAUAGACAUUCUCAGUCACCUUCAGCAACUACAGUGACCAAUCAGAUGUCCACGGAAAGCCCACAUACUAGAGAGAAGUGCAAAACACCUUUCUGCUCAUGUUCUCAAGCAACUGAGUCUUAUGCCAGAGCCAUGGAAGACACUAAACACAUGAACAGCAGAUCAAACACAGGGAGCAAAAUAUCCAGUUCUCACUUGGACAGUGUAACUGUUUCAAGAGUAUUAGUCAGAGAUGAAGAGAAGUCCAAGAAUGUAACACAAACAUUCACCACUGCUAACACUUCCAACUUUUCAAGGCUUUCAUCCAGAUCAGAAAAGACGGAACAAAUGGAUUUGUUGCACAGGGAUUUUGUUGUCACUAAAGAAGCAUUUACAAUUUCUCAGGCCCCUACAGAACAGAACAGUCAGCCACUGAGCAGCUCAGAUAGCAAGAGCAUUGCUUCUAAUUUGUACACAGAGAACAGAUCUGACAGAAGUGGGAACAGGAUAAUACAAACUCUGGGGCACACCAGUAGUUCUUACCAUCCAGAGUCAAUAUCCACAGCUUCUGAGAGUGAAAUACCCAGCAGUUCAGCUCUUACUGAUUCUUUUUCUGUGUUGACUCCAGUUCGAACCAGACAAAAGAAUUUAUCACCUGGGUUCACCAAUGUCAUAGAAGCAGAAAGUACACAUCCUUGGGAUUCCUCACAAGCAACAGAUGCAGAAGAUAGCCACUUGAGAAGCAGUUCUUAUAAAGAGAACAUUCCCAAUUUUCAGAGAGAUGGUGUAUCUGUUUCAAGCCUAUCAAAAAGAAAUGAAGGUAGUACACUACGAACCGCAAGGGAUGUCAGCAGUUUUGAAAGUGACACACGAACAUCUGCUGUUGCCAAUACUACCAUCUCCAGCAAUUCAGAUUUUGCUCAUUCUUUUCAUAUGAAAACUCCAGAAGAGAUUGGCCCAGAUUUGUCACCUGAAGACACUGAUUUUACUGAAGGAAUGCUUACACCUUCUCAGGCUCCUUCAAAAACAACAGUUGAAGAGAAUGGUCAGUUGCACAGCAGCAGCUCAAGUACAGAAGGCAUUUUCUCCACUUAUUACCUGAACAGCUUUUCCACUUCAGUUCUAUCUGGCUUAGAUGGGGAGAGGACAUUACGAACCCCGAGAGAUGUCAGUAAUGCUCACGAUGUAACGCAAGGAUCCAUAGCCUGGCACAAUGAAAUCUCUAGUUCGUCAGGCCUUACUGGCUCUUCUUACCUGUUAACUCCGGUAGAAACAGAUUUAACUCCUCAGAUCACUGAUUUCACUGAAGGAGCAAGCGCUCAUUUUCAAGCUUCUUCAGAAAAAAUAGAUGUAGGAAGCAGUGAUCCACCAAGGAGCAGCUCAAAUAUAAAGACCAGAUUUUCCCAUUCUGAUCAGGACAGUGCAUCUGUUUCAGGCUCAUCAGACAGAGAUGAUGAGAUCACACUAUCAACUUCAAGACAAGUCAAGAAUGUUUUUAAUAUAACCCAAAUAUCCAGUUCUAAGAAUGAUAACAUCACUAGCUCAUUCAGUGUUGCUGAUUCUUCUUAUACAAUGACACCAAAAGACGCCACAGAAAUGAAUUCAUCAUCAUCUGGGAAUAAUGAUUUCACUGAAGAAGCACUUACAUAUUCUGAGGCUCCAUCAGAAACAACAGACACCAAAAGUAGGCCACAUGCCUUGAGUAACUUCGAUAUAGAAAAGAAGGCCACUCAGACUGAGAGUACGUUCUCUUCUACUGUGAUCCAAGAUGAGACCUUUGGAUCUUUAACUAAUCAGAGCAGAUACAUAGACACAACGGAAUUGUCAAGGUUUGAUCUGAAAAAUGCUAGUUCUUCUGUGAUCAUCCAGACAUUGUCUGCCACAUUGCAAACUAGAAAAGAAAAUCCCCCCUCUACUGAAACGGAUUUCACAGAAACCCUAAAACAGUCUACUUCAUCAAAAGCUUCAAGUUAUCCAUCUUCUACAAAAGAUUUUUCAAGCUCUACAGACCCUUUUCAAACCAUUAAGGGAUCCGAGGUGGGAAGAAGGUUUUCGAUGGCUGCAACAGACAGUAUCUAUCUAUCAACCACAUUUGUUCAUGGGGCAGAAAGGACUUUACGAUCCCUGCCGGAUAACAGCACGUCUGAUGAUGCAGCAAAUAGCAACCCUUACAAUCCCCAAACUUCCAAAUCUUCAGGGGAAAGCUUGACUUUGUCUUCACAGCUUGAAACAGAAACGCAUAAUGUCUCACUAAGCAAAGUGCAAUCUAUUGGGCCUUCAACUGAGCAUUCACUGGAAUAUUCCUCUGGAGUUACUACAGCCCUGUCACCAAAUAAUUCAGCAACUACUGGAAGCACUGAUAAUUCAACUAGUGGGCCAAGAGUUCUGCCUUUUCACACGAUCAGUACUGGUAGUUCAGCCCCAUUCAGUGAAGGUGGAGAGCAAACUACACCACCUACAAUUAACACUACAGUGAUGGAAGAGACUGAAAGUGUCUCAUCAUAUAUGGAAACUUUUGACAGCACAAGAUCAAAACCUUCCUUGUCCAAGACAUACUCUAGAAUGACACAUUUCUCUCUAAAAGAUUUGGAUGUCUCUCGAUCUUCAACUGAGGCUUUCCAAAUACUUAGCUCAUCAACUGAUUCUUCUUCCAAAAGUGAACUUUCAGACGCUGGAACAGAAUACCAGCCAAUGAGUGGGACUGACUUUGGGACAGAAACCUCUGUUUCUCAUACUGACAGCACAUACACCUUAACUACCUUUGCCAAGGGUGGAGAAAGGACAUUGCUGUCUCUUCCAAACAACAGCACAUCAUCUGACUUCUCAGGAAGUUCCACUUUCUCUGCGGAGAUAUCCAGCGCUUCCGAAUUAGUUCAGUCUUUCUUUCCAAGUGACAUGAAUUUUUCUGAAAAUUCAACAGAACCUUUGGCAGUUCAUUCCCUGAAAACACCAGAGUAUUCGUCUACAGUGAGUGAACCACACACAACUCAGUAUUACUUAGAAUCAGAAUCUACAUCUACUGACAGCUUGUCAUUUUCAUCUUCCUCUACAACAAGGCUGUCAGAGCAGGAUUCACUUCCACCAGUUCACCCAUCCACUUUGUUUUCCUCAGCCAAGUCUUCUGUCCCAUCCUCUUUUUCUACAUUCCCAUUACCAUUAUCAUCAUCUCCACCCACAUCUCUAAUGACAUUUUCGCCCAUGUCUCCAUCCACAAAACCACCCACAUCGCCUUUCUUUCCCUCUGUGUUGCCUUCACUUUCUUCAAAACCUUCAUUGUUACAGCCUAGUGAAAGUCUUGAAACCAGUGUUUCUAUGACUGAGCCUGAAGGAACAACUGGAGCAGAACUACACACGACAAGAAGUUCCCAUGAUGAAGACAACCAUCUGACUACGGUGUAUCCAUUGGCGAACAACACUAUUCUGAUGGCAACUGGGACUUCUCUUCUGACUGAAAUUACUGAACAGCCUGCCAACCAUUCUUUGCCAAGAACCACUUCCCAAGAGGAAACUAAGGGACAGACACUUACUCUCCCAGGAAUCAGUAUUGAGAAUGAAUCCAUUACAACUACCUCCUCACCCUAUUUCCAAGAAGUGACUGCUACUUCUGAGCCAGCAAAAGCAACUACAGCUAUACUGUUGCAUACAAUCCCUCAAAAGAAUACUUUCCCUUCAUCAACAGUAACCAUGGGCAGAAGAACUACAGAAAUAACACACACACCUGGAAGAUUGCCUACUUCAGCAUCAACCAUGAAUUAUUUGUUCACUACAAAGCUUCAGAAAGUUCUGUUGCCCUCUCCUACUGAUAUAUCUUCUUCCCCUGGAAUUCCCACAAAAAUGGUGGAAAAAAGUAGUAUAACUACUGUGAAAACCACAGUGCCCAGGAUUGUUAUUACUUCUCCUCCUUACACCUUAACUUCUCAAAAAACCACCAUUCAGUCUUUUCCUGCUUCACUGAUUCCUUCCAGACCAGCCACAACUGUGAAUCUAGUAAACACAAAGAUAUCUCCAACUGUCUAUGGAAAAGAUGUAGAUGAAUGCCUGCCGAAUCCUUGUCCAUCUAUGUCUACGUGCACUCAUGUGCAAGGUUCAUUCCAAUGCAUUUGUCCCUUAGGCUAUCAGAUGGAAAAGGGGAAAUGUAACUUGGUAAGGACAUUUGUUGGUCACUUUCCACUAACAUUUAACACAACUGGAGGGACAUAUGCAGAACUACAUCAAAUUGAAGGAGUUAUCAUAAACCUGCUGAAUGAAUCCCUUUCAGCAUUUCCUGGUUAUUAUACUUCAACUGUUAAAGCCUCAAGGCAGGAAGGUACUGUCCAAAUAUCUAUCCUGAGCACCUUUUCCAUGGCUUCCAACAUCACCUUUUCUGAAGUAAUUGGCACAGUGCAAAGCCGGAUCCAAGCCUGCAAAGCUCCCACCCUACCUUGCCAAUUCAUCUCUAACUUGACCCAACUCUAUAGAGUUGGUGGUCUAUGUAAACAUAAAGAUCCGGAAUGUGACAAAGGGACUUCUGUGUGUGUAGACUUGGAUGGCAUUGCUGUUUGCCAGUGCAAACUUGGAUAUUUCAAAUAUAACAAACUGGAUCAUUCAUGCAGAGCAUGUGAAGAUGGGUAUAAACUCGAAAAUGACACCUGUGUGAGUUGUCCAUUUGGAUUGGGGGGAUUCAACUGCAGGAAUCCAUACCAGCUUAUCACCAUCGUGAUUGCAGGAGCUGGAGGGGGACUUCUGCUCAUUAUGGGAAUAGCUCUCAUAGUCACAUGCUGCCAAAAGAAUAAAAAUGAUAUAAGCAAACUCAUCUUCAAAAGCGGUGACUUCCAAAUGUCACCGUAUGCAGAAUAUCCCAAAAACCCUCGUGUUCAGGACUGGAGCAGAGAAACCAUUGAAAUGCAAGAGAACGGGAGUACUAAAAACCUAUUACAGAUGACGGAUGUUUACUAUAUGCCAACUAAUCUAAGGAAUCCUGAACUAGAAAGAAAUGGGAUCUAUCCGCCUUACACAGGUCUUCCAGGAUCUCGACACUCCUGUAUAUACCCUGGACAAUAUAACCCAACCUUCAUUAGUGAUGACACCAGAAGAAGAGAUUAUUUUUAAUGCAGGUGAAAAAAGGCAGUUGGGUGGCAAAUGAACCUUUGGGUGCAGCGUGUUCCCGAGUAUGCAGUCGUCAGACAACAACUCAGUCACAACUCUGUACAGAAGGGGACUUUGAACCUGUGGAAAAUCUCGGAAGGAGCUGCACACAAGGAGCCACCUCCAGCUGAGCAAAAAGAAGACAGGUGCGAAAAGCAAGUCCCAUCAUACGUCUGGUUGUCAGAAAGACACGGAAGAAGCUCAUUCUGCAUAUGUUCCUCACCACUAACCAUGUCACAUAAUGUGAACCUAAUAAUAGAUCAUGAAAGCAAAACUAACAAGCACUGUGGCUGACACGCUAAAUCUGAUGCCAUUAGGGUGUGUUGUGUUUACAGAUAGCUUCUAGUGUGCUAGGUUUGUGUUGCCCACCUUUUUUUUUAAUGCAAAGCUGGCUUGAAUGAAUGUUAUGGAGCAAAUCCUUGCCCCUUGGUGUCUACUAGGAGGUACUCACAGCAUGUUGCUUACCGAGUGGUGGAGAUGGGUACGGGAAUAUGGCCUAGAGAUAUGGGAUCCUCAUGCAGAAUCCAAGGUGGGGUUUUAUCCCUCUCCAAAAAGGCAAAAAAAAAGUGAUGCCCCCCCAUGUCCCAUUAUUUAGUUAUGGCCUAAGUUUGUAGCAGUGCUGCUUAACUCAUUGGCCUUAUUCAUUCUUCCCUAUGCACUCCAGGCCAGAUGCAAAAAAGUUACGUUUAGUUAUGUUCUGUGGAUUUUCUUCCUCUUCUCUAUCUAAUGAGGGUGUAGGUCUGUCUAUGGAGAUUCUCAAUCAUCUGGG